CUCCAUGCAGAAAAAAAUGGCACUCACUGAUAUUCAUUUACACUUGCUGAAUGUUUAUGGAGACCACACAGUGGACGUGAGCAGAAAGAGGUGGUGCAUUUCAGCAGUGGUGACAGUGACAGUGGGUCACCUCCACUGCCGUAUUUUGUUACAAGCAUGGCAGGUAGGCACUUGUUCAUCAGUGGCAAAAAUGCAUAGCUAAUAGUGGUGGCUAACACAACAUCCUCUAUCAGUGUUAUUGUGUGUGUUGUUGUAGUUUCCAUGCAAAUAAAUAGGAGGCAUUGCUUUUGGAGCACCUACAUACAAAAAUUCUGGGAUUAUAUUCCCAAACUGCUUCUGCAAAUGAUUUUGCUGUUUCGUUGGAAUAAUGAUACCAGCCUGCUGUUUCUUCCUAAAUCACCUGUUUUUAGAAGUAGGAAGAAAAAUUACUUCCCAUCUGUUACUGUUUCAGAGGAAUAAUCCGUGAGAAUGCACACAAGCCACUCUCCCGACGUUUUUAUGUACAAUUCUUCAGGUCCUGAGACUCCUAUAUUGAGGAAAAAUACAAGAUAAAAGCACGUAACGCAUAACGCAUCCUUUAUGGUACACCAGCAAGAGAUAGCGAUUCUUCCGAGGAUAAAACUUCAGCUCCUGAAGAGUUACGGCAGACUUGAAGAAGCGCCCGCCUCCCGCCCCUCUAACCCGGGAAGCGGAAGGGACUGAGGAACCCCGCUGAGCUGCCGUGGCGCCGUGGCUGUGCCCGCACAGCGUCGUCCCUCCCCGCGUUACCGAGGAUAGCCUGCUGCAAGGAGGAGCACCUCUGACAGCCCAGCUUAUGUACUAAGCACACGUCGGGGUUGGGCGGCACCAGCAGCCUCCAGAGGAAAGCAUUUCAACUCACGGCAGUUUAAGAACUGGGAAGAGCACUGCUUUGGAAAGAGCAUGACUGCAUCAUGACUGCAACCAGUAGUUCUUCCCUGUCACGACUGCGGGCUGUGCAUGUAACACAUUCAGCUCCACCAGCACAUACAGGCCUUUUGCCCACUUUUCCAUUGUUAAGACCAUGGUGCUGCAGUCCUCAUUCAAGAGCUGCCUGCCACUGUCGUGCCUUCUCAGGACUCCCAGAGCUGGCUUUGGAGGUGCAGCUAGUGGGGGGCUCAUCAUCCAGUCUCUGUCUAACGAUGUUUACCAAAAUCUAGCAGUGGAAGACUGGAUCCAUGACCACAUGAAUUUGGAGAACCGGCAAGUCCUUUUCCUGUGGAGAAAUUCUCCAGCUGUGGUAAUAGGAAGACACCAGAAUCCCUGGCAGGAGUGCAACCUUCAGCUGAUGAGGCAAAAGAACAUAAAGCUAGCCCGGAGGAGGAGCGGGGGUGGGACGGUAUACCAUGACUUAGGCAAUAUCAAUUUGACUUUCUUUACAACCAGGAAAAAAUAUGAGCGAAUGGAAAACUUGAAACUAGUUGUGAAGGCACUGAAAGCCUUGCGGCCACAGUUAAAUAUCCAUGUCACCGACAGGUAUGACAUCUUGCUAGAUGGGCAGUACAAAAUCUCAGGUACAGCUGCAAAGCUGGGGCGGACAACUGCUUAUCACCACUGUACCUUACUCUGUAAUGCCAAUAAAUGUGUUUUAUCUUCUGUACUGAAGAGUCCUUAUAAAGGACUGAAAAGUAAUGCCACUCCCAGCGUGCCUGCCUCAGUGAAAAACCUCUUUGAAGAGGAUCCUAGCUUAACUUGUGAGAUGCUGCUGGAUGCCAUCACUGAAGAAUAUGCCACACAGCACAGAAUAGAUCAUCACAUCACCUUAAUAAAUCCAACUGAUGAGACUGUGCUUCCUGGAAUCAAUGAUAAAUCUAAAGAACUACAAACCUGGGAAUGGGUAUAUGGAAAGACACCGAAGUUCAGUGUUAGCACGUGUUUUAACAUGAUCUAUAAAGAUUCUGUUCUUAAUGUUAAAGUGCACAUGGAUGUAAAGCACGGAAGAAUUGAAGCCUGUGACAUUGAUCUGCCGCAGCAGUGGCUUCCACCAGCACUGUGCAGUGAGCUGGUGAAGAGCCUUACAGGCAGUAAGUUUUGCCCAAACGAAACCACUGCACUGUCAAGCACAUUGCUGAGAAUAUGUCCACAAGACUAUGAGUUGCACAGCAAGUGGAAUCUGUUAUGUGAGAAUAUGACAAUGUUAAUGUGAUUUGUGUUGUGAAAUUGUCAGAUAAACUUCUGCUUUUUUAGGUUAUUUAUUAAAAACAAAAUUAAAAGAUUGAUUUCUGUAAGCUUCUUUUCCUAUCUGUUCGCCAUUAAGCUUUUUAAUGUUGUGCUUUUGUUUAGUAUUACCUGCUUGCAACUAGAUUUCACUCUGCCUGCACCUGAGGUCAAGCUGCAGAAUACAGUAAGCCCCUGUAACAGGUAGCAUCCCUUCAUUGCUCCAUGCUGACAGACAUCAUCACUGCUUGAAACAAUAUUCUGCAGGCCUCCCCCCUUGCAUCUUUAGGAAAGAAGGUACAAAUGGCAGAUGGAGAUUAGAUGGGAUAGAUGGAAAACUGCUGCUGUGCUGCUGCACUUAAUUCUUAGCCUGUAUCUCAUUCCCUGCAGAUAGAAACUCAAAGACCAUUCCUCAGCCCCUGAGCUGUGUAGAAAGGAAUGUCCCCCUUGUUUCUGGUUGGAAAUCCUGUCCUGCAGUGCUGGUGAUCCUCUUCUCAUAUUUACAAGGGUGUUAGUAAGCUGCACUCGCAGCUGUCUCGCAGUUCCACACUGGAUUGGGGGUUUGCACAUGAAUGUGCAGAAGAG